AUGAUAGAGUUAAUUUCAGUACACAAUGUAUUGCAGUUGUUGCAUAUAGCAUUCAAAGUGCUGGUAGCAGAAGUACUGCUUCAGGCAUUUAUUUGGUUAGUACUCAGCUUUUUCAACCUUCCCAUUAAAGCAUUUUCGUUUGGUGUACUCUUGGGACCCGCUAUUAGAAAUGUGCUAGUUCAAUUCAAGGGAGUGAAGCUAACGGUGCGAUCAAUAACACUAAGAGCCAGUUUGCAGCCCUCGAUUAUUUUCAAUUCUAUUAAUGUGACGCUCUCUGAUGUAAUUGACAAAGGUGAUAACGAUACGGAUCAAAAUGCUCCUGCAGUACCGAGAGUUAGAAUUAAAAUGAAUAGCUGGCAACUUUGGCUUGUCAACAUCUUGACAAAAUUCCAGUUUUAUUUUGCAAAUGUCUACAUUACACUUGCGGAUAAUCACAUGAUAAAAGUGGAUCUGGUAUCUGCUUCUAUCUCAAAAGUUGGUAAAGAUACCACUAAUAUAGAGUUUUUUGCUCAUGAGAUCGAGAAAGGGGACGAGUUCACGAUGAAUCAUGUAAUAUACAUGUUGUCAUUUAAGACAAAUCGCGCAAAAGAUGAUGAAGAGAAAGGGAUCGUUAUUGAACUGUAUGAAUGGAAUUCCUAUCUGAAGACAACGAACACGGUUAUUGAUUACCACAGCUACCAGAAAAAAUACUAUAGAGUUCCGAAAAGUGUAGCCCCGGAAGUGGCAGAGGAUUCUAAGCUUUCCUCAACCCCACAAAGUUUUGAUGAUUCUAUUAUUCAUAAGAUCAUUGAUAUGAAUAGACAUUUAAUAAAGAGAUUGCGAAUUAUUGAUGUUAAAAUAGAGAACAUAGAUGUUGUUUUUUGUCCUUCCUUUAAAAUAUCAGUGUCAAGUUUUCAGUUUUGUUUAAAAUCUAUGAAUAAAACAGAAAAACGAUCUGUUUGGGAGUUGGUAGAAUUUAAUAGCAGUAUUUGGGAAGAGUACGAAAUAACAUUAUCAAUGAAUUCAAUAAUUUGUGAGUCAGGUCCAGAUACAUGCCUCAGAUUACCACUUGUAAAUAUAUUGAUAACGACCGACUGUAUGGCACAUUACACAAAUGGGGUUCCAUUUGAAAAUUUGAAAAUUGUUACAACUAUCAACGUCAUUAAUCCUUCAUUUUUUACUACUUCUGAGCAAGUAUUGAAGUUGCUGAAAACAUUCUUAAUCAAGGGUAACACAGAAUCGAAAAACGAAGAUACAUUGAACAGUUUCCCCAUCGAUAAUUUCAGAAUGGAUAAGUUUCCAUCAUUUACAUUGGAGUACUCGUUCUCGAACUUUACGUCAACUAUUGGCCUUUCUAAUGAGGAGGAUUUGAACUUGUCUUUGUUCAAUGUGCAGGCUAUUAUAUGUCAUUCCAGUGUUGUAGAUGAGCUAAGUAUUCCUGAAAUGACGUUGGAAAAGGUACAAUGGUCGUUUAUAAAGAGUUCAUCUCCCAAAAAAGAAUUUAGCAACUAUAUUAAAAUUGUGGGUUUAAGUAUAUCUUACUUGAGGUCAUCGCACUUAGCUGAUGUUCCGCCAUUGUCUAUUCCACUAUGUGGCCUAGAGCGCCUAGAUACGUUUAUUGAGGAUGUCUUUUCAAAGAAUUCACGUGUAAAUUCCACUUUGAGGCAUUUCUCUCUUACGUUGGAUAGCCUAAAAGUUGUUGAUAAACUUAGUGGCUUUAUGAGCAAAAUCAAUUCUGUGAUGCAUGACAAUGUAAGUAAUAAAAAUGAAAAUAUGCCAGAUCUUGAGAGUCAUAAGGGUACGUCAAUAAAAAGAAAGAGAGGGUUAGCUAAGUUAAUUAAUGAUCUCAAUUGGACAUUAAGAUUUCGUUUCAAAGAUGUGACAAUAUCGUUGAUCGUUUCCGGUUUUCUUCCCAAAUAUUUGGACCCAAUUGACAAUGCUGACUUGAACUUAACAGAUAUUGACAGAGGUAUUAAAAUUACUUUCAAAGAGUCAUUACUUUUGAUUGAUAAUGAUGGUAAAAGAUUCAGUUUAUUCAACGCCACAUUGUCUAGAAUUAUCGACAAUAUCAAUAAAGAAUCUGAAGUAGGUGGCAUUUUUGUGCUAAACGACUUUGUAGUUUAUCAGCCGAAAAAUUCUAAUGAUAUUUCAAUAAAGCUACCGCUGGUUCAUAUGAAAUUUGAUGUGUCUACACUUUGGCUGAUAUUUUUUCUAAAAUCAAUUUGGGAGCGCUACAGUGUAACAAUGUUGAAUGCAUCAAAAGAGAAAGUUAAGAAAAUUAAGAAGCCUACUAUGAGAAAAACGCUCCGCAUACAAGCUAAUGAAAUUAAUAUACAUGUCAUGUUAAUGAGUGGAAACCCAAUUGUGUUUGCAAUUGAGGACCUAAACUUUGACUCAUUGUCCAUGAUGGUCAGCCUUCAAAAUUUCAGAUUAUUAUGCAAGUCUGUAUAUAUUACAAAGAUACCAGUGCUAGUAAAUUUAAUGCAAAUUAGAGACCUAUCUGUUGAUCUGAAAAAGCUGGGAGAACAUUCAGCAGUACCAAUAACCACUUCCUUAAUUCAUUUCCAAACAGAGUAUCACCUUAGAUUGUACAUUAUCAUUGAUGAUAUUAUCACAAUGUUUAAAUCUUAUAAACAAAUUCAUUUGGCAUUUAGUAACAUACUGUAUUAUAGGAGACUAUAUCCAUCCAGAAUGUUUGCUGCAAAAAUUCCAAAGAUAAACUUCAGUGUAGAGAAGUUUUUGAUAGACAUAGAAGAAGAUCCCUUUGAGCAGGAAUUGGGCUUGAUUUAUAAAGUAGGUGUCUCCGAGCAACGAGAAAGAAUAAGGAAAGAGGUGGAGUUUGACAAUGAAGUUCGAAGAUUGAAAGAAAUGACACCGGAGGAGCAAGAGGAGUUCUUGUCAAGAGUAAAUAAUUAUCCAUAUCGUGGCCGGAUGAGUGAAAACUAUUACAUUCAGCAAGCAAGAAUGAGAUUAUUGGAGCAUUUUUCAACUUCAUGGAUUGUUAGAUAUCGGAAGGCAAAACUUCUACAUCAUCAAGCACCUUAUCAUGUUGAAGAGAAACGUUAUAUUGAUACCAAGUACUAUGUCUAUAGUAAGGAAAGGGUUAUUACAACAGCAAAUUUAAUAAUUGACAAUCUAAUGCUGAAUAUUGGUCCACCAUCAUUCCCGGUUGAGAAUCAUAUGGACUUCAUUCAUAAAUAUGGUAAAGGAGUACCGAAAUCAAUGGAGUACACUCUUUUGAUAAUGAUGGGAAUGAAUAUCUAUAGCGAUCUGUUUGAGUUAAAUCUCAGGGAUUAUCCUAUACCAGUGAUGUCCUUCUCACAGGUGAAGACUGAUGGUGAUAUUGUUUUUGCUGAGAAAAUGCCUAUAGAAGAUUCCCAUAGAAGUAUUUUUGUGCCAUUCGUUAAAUCAGCAAGUGCAGUACCAUAUAACAUUCAUAAUAGUUUUUAUGGAUCACAUAUUAUUAGGACUUUGAACUCCAUUAAGAUUUACUAUAACUUGAACUCUAGGACAGAAGCUGCUACUCCAUCUUUCUUAACAUGGGGUAAAUCUUUGCAACCUGCAUUUGAGUCUCUAAUGCUGUGGUUUGAUUAUCUAACUAAACCUCCACUUGAUCCAUCUGAGAAACUUGGUUUUUGGGAUAAAUUCAGGUUUAUAGUCCAUGGGAGAUGGGUCUUUAAAUUUGAAAAAGAUAGCUCUUUUCAUCUCCAUAUUAAAGGAUCUUACGAUCCAUAUAAGAUUGCUGAUGAUGGUGCAGGUGUCUCGUUCUGUUGGUCUGAUAAUACAGCCGUAAAAAUCCAUGAUUCUUCUGAUCCAAAGAACUUUUUGGUGAUUGAUUCAUCUCGAUUUUUGCUAGCUAUUCGUGAUUUUACAGAGGUUGACAAAUUUGAAAAAAUAUUCAUGAAACUACACGGAAAUGUUACAUGGAAAAUGGGACUCUUGUUUGAACAGGGUAACUAUGAAAAAAUCGGAGAAGAAGACAGAGAAGCGCCUUCGAGACCUCAUUAUGACGUCGAUCUGGUUAAUCCGAUAUCUGUGCGUAAUAAGUCAACACAUGAUUCGUACUCUGGCUUUAGGAGCAGAUUCAUUCAUAUGUCAUUUGGGGUCUAUUCUUACGGAGCGAAUGCCUAUAAUAAUAUGUUUAUUGCACCAAAUUCAUUUGCAUUAUUUUUGAGAUGGUGGAAUUUAUUCCAUCAAUACACAUCUGGGCCUAUUAGGCAAGGACCUUUGUUUACCGAGCUUGUACAAAAUAAGAACAAGUUUGGUAAGGCUCUAUUUACAAUCAAAUAUCAGUUGCAUUUGGAACCUUUGAUCAUCUCACACACAUUACGUCAUAUGAGUUCAGAGUAUAGUAGUUUUGAGGGUAAAAACGUGAUAUUUACCGGCCUAAAAGGCAGAGUAAGUUCUUUGAAAAUGGAUUUCCAUCAAAAAAGGAUAAAAUUGGCUCACAUAUAUGAGAAGUUAGAAUUGACAAAUUCUGUAUGGAAGUUUAGAAUGUUUGAAGGAGAAAUGGAUUGUUGUGAUGCCGACGUAAGGAUUAUAGCUGCUGAAUUUGCACAAAGUAAAAUAGAUGAUAUAUUAUCGGGUAUGAAGAAGUCCGAAAUAAUUGACAGGGAAUCUCCUCAAAAGCCACUUUCCACUGGUAAUGAUGAAUGGUUUGAUCUUCAUGACUACCAUGAUGUUGAUCAUGUGCCAUUGGAUUCAGAGCCUGUGGAUUUCAAGGCAGAGCCGCUGUUGUACUCUCCUCGUAUGUCAUAUUUUAGAAAAAUUAAUGAAGAUGGCUUUCCUGUGUCAUACCCAUUUGGUGACGAGGAUUCGCAUGUAUGUUUAAUAGGUAGAAACCACCCAGAAUCUACUCAGAAAAUGCUUGCCAGAGAGCGAAAGCUGGAAAUUGAAACUCGUUUAUCUGAAAUAGAAUCCGAAUUCAAAGAUUUUGAAUGUUCUAAAAUGACCGAGUCCCAUAAAUAUAAAUUGAAGGAACUCCAAAGUGAAAGACAUGAGCUAAAGCACAGUUUGCACAUAAUACACAAUAUUUUACGGGACUUGAGACUUUCAGAGGAGAUUUCGCGGAUAUAUACUAAUGAUGAUUUGGAGAGCUCGAUUGGCUCUGGUGUCUCAUCUGUCAGCAGCGGUAGAAACACUAAUAAUGAAGCUGCGUUGUUGAGAACAAAUACUAUUGAAUCUUUUGUUUCAAUGCGCAAAAACUCAUCUGUGAAUGCAGUUUCUUCAUAUGAUAACCGGUUCAUGUUACAUAACAUUCACUUGAAAAUCAACAAGUCAAUUACUCAUCAUCUUUUGGACUAUAUUCAUAACUGGUACGAAAGGAAAUCGAUGAGAUUUUUUAUGACUUAUAAAUCUAUUUGUAUUGUAGAAGAACUGUUGAAACUAUCUUUAAAAGGUACAAAAUCAAGAUUUCAAGAAUAUGGCUCACUCUCUGAAUUCUUUAAAACAUCCAAUGCAGAAUUCAUUGAGCAAUUUGAUAGAUUGAAUCGUGAAGUUUCCAAUGAUAGUUAUGAAGCUAUUGAUAGCUUUUUGUUUCGAUUGGUAUCACCCCAGGUUCAGAUACGUUCUGACUGUGAACCUAACGAUGCUUUAAUUUUAUCUGCCAGGGAUAUCGAAGUUGGUAUUAUUGAUAUCAAUCAAAUCUAUGGUGAGAAUGGAAAAAGAUUGCCUACAGAUGUUGACACUAUUGUCGAAACGAGAUAUUGUGUUGUUUCUAAAGACUUACAACUUUUUGCCUUAUUUAAGAAUGAUCUCAUUAAACAUGGAGCUCGUGGCUUUAAAAGUCAUGGGUAUGGACUAGAAGAGAAUUCAACUUUUUGGCCACCCUGGAUCCCAUUGGAAAUGUGUUAUGAUGGGUCUCUAUUAGAAAAGAAUGUUGUGUUGCGCAGAAGAUCUAUGUAUCUGACAUUCACAGCACCUAAUAGCUUAUAUUUCAGUCAAAGGAAUGACCAAAAUAUUGUUACAACCUGUUCAAAUAUAAGAAUUGCAUUCCCUGGUCUUUUAGUUACAUCUACAUCGCAGCAAUAUUGUUCAGUUUAUGCAAUUGUUCAAGACCUGCUAGCAUUUGCAUCAAGUGCUGACGAAAAAAUUGAGAAACUAUCGAGAAACUUAAUUGAAGAUGAAAUUAGAAAUAGUCUAGAAAGCUUAGAUAUUUCUCAUAUAACGAAUCUCCAAGACAGAGUUAGAAACAUGUACCAUGUGCGUGCGUAUAUGAAGCUCAAUGAGCCCUCAACUUAUAAUGAGUUUUUGCCUCUGAUUAACUUUGAAGCUCAGGUUAGCAUCAUUAAGUUAACUUUACUAAUGACUGCUAUAAAAGAAACGUACAAUAAACUGGGUAGUAAUGAUACUUCCAACCCUCAAAAGCUUGUAUGGCAAAUUAGUACAGAAGAUCUAAUUUGGGAGCUCUUCGACGAAAAGAAAUCACCCUUUGUAACAAUUGGUUUGGGACCAUCAAAGUUUAUAAGAGUUGAAACAUCAGAUGGGAAUAACACAAAUGUUGUUUCAAUCAAUAGUUUGAAAUGCUUUAAUCAACAGGAAAAUCCAAUAUUUUCAGAGCUUUUUGCUCCAGAUUUUCAGCAUUCGCAUUAUCAUAAAGAUAUGCCAAUGGUAGAGAUAUCAUGGGUGAUGGGAAAUCCUAUUGGUGGUAUCAGCGACCUGAAUGACCUAACGGUUAUUUUGCAGCCUAGUAUUUUCAAAAUGGAUCACAAGACCGGGGAUCAUUUGAUGAGUUAUCUAUUUCCUGAUGUGAAUUCAGCUAAUGUUGAAUCGGAUGACUCACUCUCGAUUAGUUUGCCUAGGAAGUCUAAUUCAUCUAUUGUUUCUCCUGCUCCUGCGAUCUCGUAUUAUGGAAUGAGUUCCAUCCUUAGUGCACCGAGAGAUUCAGGAUCAUGGGAUGUUAGCAGUAUUAAAGCUUUAUCUGCAUCUGGUUCAGGUAGAAGCCCUUCCCCGGAAGAUGAUAAAAUUGAUAGACAAUUUUUGAAUAUAAACGAGAUGGUACAAAGAUCUGGUGAGUAUUUUACUGUGCGUAACAUAAAGAUAAAGCAUACUUACAUGUCUGUAUCAUACAAAGGAUCGCGUGCAAUAUUCACUGAUGUCAAUAAGCUUAAAAUUAAGGUGCCGACCUUGAGGUACCAUAAUAAGAUAUGGUCAAGAGAUGAAUUAUUCGAUGCCAUCAAAAAAGAUGUUGUUCGUAUUGUUAUUCAACAUUUAGGAAGUAUCAUUGGCAAUAAAUUCCUGCCCCAUAAAAAGGAAGACAAAAAAAGUAUUAAAAAAAAAUACACUGAAAUGCUAAAGUCCGAUGAAGCUCUGAAUCCUGAAUUGGCUGGAACAAUUAGCAAUAGAAGAACGUUGACAAGUUCCUCCAGCAAAACCACAACUGACGAUAAUAUUGACUCAAUUUUGUUCGAGGGUGACUCGAGCCCUAUUGCUUUCUACCCUGGCCCUUCGUCGAAUAAGCAGUAA